AUGGCAGACGAAGCAACACUCGCGGCGACCUGCUCGCUCCUGCAGAGCCUUGCGACAGAUGUCAGCGUUCCCUAUACACCCAUCCACAACGGCUUGGGGCUCAAGCUCCCCGGGCUCGAGACCACAUCCAAAGUGGCCCUCGAAUACGAAAUCGCGGCGUUGGCUGCGAGGAUCAAACUUUUAGAGACAAAGGCUUCGGGCAACCACCAUACACUGCCAGACACCCCCAAUGAGAGUGGUUCCCCGUCCGCCUUCGCAGAUGUCUUGACAGGCAGCGGGUCCCGAGCGAGUACGAAGAGUUCAGCCAUGAGGCAGAGCAACAGCAUGAGUUCGUCACUGACGGGCAGACACAACUCUACCGGCGAGCGUCCGCAGAAGCUCCCCAAGCUCAGCAACGACGAGCUCAUCGAGACCUUGCAGCAGGAGAUAGUGGACCAGGCCGAGCAGAUAAAGGAGGGGAAGCUGAAGCAAUCUGCUAUCGAGGCGAGGAUGGAGGAGCAAGCCCAGCAUCAACAACAUCUCAUCAACCAGUUUGAAGCCAAACGCGUUGCGUCGCUCGAGCGUGAACUCAAGAAGCACCAGCAAGCGAACGAGGCGUUCCAGAAGGCGCUGCGGGAGAUUGGAGAGAUCAUUACGGCUGUCGCCCGGGGAGAUCUGAGCAAGAGGGUUCAGAUCCAUUCAGUCGAGAUGGAUCCUGAGAUUACAACGUUCAAAAGGGCAAGUUUUCACUGCUGGCUCGGUCUCGCGGUCAUCAACACCAUGAUGGACCAACUACAAAUCUUCUCCAGCGAAGUUUCCCGAGUCGCCAGAGAAGUCGGGACCGAGGGUAUCCUCGGUGGUCAAGCGCAAAUCUCAGGCGUCGAUGGCACCUGGAAAGAACUUACAGACAAUGUCAAUGUCAUGGCCCAAAAUCUGACGGACCAAGUGCGCGAGAUUGCCUCGGUCACAACCGCUGUAGCACAUGGAGACUUGACCCAGAAGAUCGCGAGACCGGCCCAGGGAGAAAUUCUGCAGCUGCAGCAGACGAUCAAUACCAUGGUGGACCAACUGAGAACGUUUGCUGCUGAGGUGACCCGUGUGGCACGAGAUGUAGGAACCGAAGGUAUUCUGGGUGGACAAGCAGAAAUCGAGGGAGUCAAGGGCAUGUGGAAUACACUGACCGUCAAUGUCAACGCGAUGGCCAAUAAUCUCACGACGCAGGUCCGAGAUAUCGCUAUGGUGACUACGGCAGUCGCCAAAGGCGAUCUUACCCAGAAGGUCAAGGCGGAGUGCAAAGGAGAGAUCAUGCAGCUCAAGGAGACCAUCAACUCCAUGGUGGACCAAUUGCAGCAGUUUGCUCGCGAAGUCACCAAAAUCGCCAGAGAAGUUGGCACGGAAGGGAAGCUGGGUGGUCAAGCGACCGUGCACGAUGUUGAGGGUACCUGGAGAGACCUGACGGAGAACGUCAAUGGUAUGGCUAUGAAUUUGACUACGCAAGUACGAGAAAUCGCCAAGGUCACUACAGCUGUUGCCAAGGGAGAUUUGACGAAGAAGAUCGGAGUCGAGGUACAAGGAGAGAUAGCAUCCCUGAAGGAUACUAUCAACACCAUGGUGGACAGAUUGGGCACUUUCGCCUUCGAAGUUAGCAAAGUCGCCAGGGAAGUCGGAACUGAUGGAACUUUGGGGGGCCAAGCACAAGUCGACAACGUUGAGGGAAAAUGGAAGGACCUGACCGAAAACGUGAACACGAUGGCAAGCAAUCUAACAUCUCAGGUCCGAGGUAUCUCAACGGUCACUCAAGCCAUUGCCAACGGUGACAUGAGCCAAAAGAUUGAGGUCGAGGCCGCUGGAGAGAUCCUCGUCCUCAAGGAAACCAUCAACAACAUGGUUGACCGGCUGAGCAUUUUCUCGAAUGAAGUUCAGCGUGUAGCGAAGGAUGUCGGUGUUGACGGGAAGAUGGGCGGUCAAGCCGAUGUUGCUGGGAUUGGCGGAAGAUGGAAAGAAAUUACAACUGACGUCAACACCAUGGCUAUGAACUUGACUGCCCAAGUCAGAGCUUUCGGUGACAUCACCAAUGCUGCGACUGAUGGCGACUUUACAAAGCUGAUCACUGUUGAGGCGUCUGGAGAAAUGGACGAGCUGAAGAGAAAGAUCAACCAGAUGGUCUUCAACUUGAGGGACUCCAUUCAAAGGAACACGGCCGCAAGAGAGGCAGCCGAGUUUGCCAACCGGACGAAGUCAGAGUUCCUUGCAAAUAUGUCUCACGAAAUCCGAACACCUAUGAAUGGUAUUAUUGGAAUGACCCAACUCACUCUAGAUACGGAUCUCACCCAAUACCAGCGCGAGAUGUUGAACAUCGUCCAUAAUCUGGCAAACAGUCUGCUGACGAUCAUCGACGAUAUUCUGGAUCUGUCCAAGAUCGAGGCCAACCGAAUGGUGAUGGAAGAAAUUCCUUAUACGCUUCGAGGCAUUGUCUUCAACGCUUUGAAGACGUUGGCUGUCAAGGCCAACGAGAAGUUCCUCGAUCUCACAUACCGUGUGGAUAGCUCGGUCCCGGAUCACGUUGUGGGAGAUUCUUUCCGUCUGCGCCAAGUCAUCCUGAACUUGGUCGGAAAUGCCAUCAAGUUCACAGAGCACGGCGAGGUGUCCCUGACCAUCCGAAAGGCCGAGCAAGAUCAGUGUGCUCCCAACGAGUAUGCGAUCGAGUUCUCCGUCUCCGAUACUGGGAUCGGUAUCCAGGCAGAUAAGCUAGAUCUCAUUUUCGAUACCUUCCAGCAAGCAGAUGGAUCCAUGACCAGAAAGUUCGGUGGGACCGGUCUUGGGCUGUCCAUUUCCAAGAGACUAGUGAACCUCAUGAGAGGAGACGUAUGGGUGAAGAGUCAGUACGGCAAGGGUAGUACGUUCUACUUCACUUGCACAGUCCGUCUUGCAACUUCAGAUAUCAGCUUCAUUGAGAAGCAACUGAAGCCAUACCAAGCUCACAAUGUCCUCUUUAUCGACAAGGGACAAACCGGCCACGGUCGAGAAAUCAUCACGAUGCUUAGGCAAAUUGGUCUCAUGCCCGUGGUCGUCAAGUCCGAGUCGAAUAUCAACCUCUCUGGAGGUGGCUCCAAGGUCGCUUCUGCAUUCGACGUCAUCAUCGUGGACUCGAUCGAAACUGCCAGACGACUCAGGUCCAUUGACGAGUUCAAGUAUAUCCCGAUUGUGCUCUUGGCACCCGUGGUCCACGUCAGUCUCAAGUCGGCCUUGGACCUUGGUAUCACAUCAUACAUGACCACUCCCUGCCUGACGAUCGAUCUUGGAAACGGCAUGAUUCCGGCACUGGAAAACAGGGCUGCGCCAUCAUUGGCCGACAACACCAAGUCAUUCGAGAUUCUUUUGGCUGAAGAUAACAUCGUCAAUCAACGUUUGGCUGUCAAGAUCUUGGAGAAGUAUCACCACGUUGUGACUGUCGUUGGAAAUGGUCAGGAAGCCCUCGACGCUAUCAAGGAGAAGAGAUACGAUGUCAUCCUGAUGGAUGUGCAGAUGCCCAUCAUGGGCGGGUUCGAGGCCACCGCCAAGAUUCGCGAGUAUGAGAGGAGUCUCGGUACUCAGAGAACGCCAAUCAUUGCACUGACUGCCCACGCUAUGCUGGGCGACCGAGAGAAGUGCAUCCAAGCACAGAUGGACGAGUACCUGUCAAAACCUCUGAAGCAGAAUCAUCUAAUCCAGACGAUUCUGAAGUGCGCAACCUUAGGAGGCGCACUGUUAGAAAAGGGGCGAGACGUGCGGACAUCUGCGAAGGACGAGUCUCCCAAGGCCCCGGCUGGGUCAUCGAACAGUCAACUUCCGCCCGUACCAAAACCUGGCAACUCAGGCCUGCGUCCACCCCUCGAGCCCCGUGCCUAUACCACUACCGGGCCUAUCAACCAUGGAAGCUUGGAGAGCCCUACGAUCGUGACGGCAGAUUCAGAAGAUCCGCUGGCUAGACUUCUCAUGCGCGCACAUAGUUCCUAG